AGCACGCCAUGUUUAUCUUUUCUUUCCGUCAUUUCGUUACCGCGUGUGCCCAAACAGCGGUGUUUGGUCAAAAUUCAACAAUACAUAUUUUGAUUAGCGUCAACUUAUGAAGAUGGGAAAGAAAGUAAGGGAAUAUAAAUCAGGCGACUUUAUAUUUGCAAAAGUAAAAGGAUAUCCAGCAUGGCCGGCAAGAGUACAAAAAUUGAAUGGAAAGAAGUAUUUCGUAUAUUUCUAUGGGACUGGAGAGACUGCGAAUCUACCACCGAACAUGAUAUUCGAUUAUGCGGAAAACAAGGAUAAGUUUCUAACGAAAACGGUGAAGCGUCGCGACUUCAACGACGGCGUGAAGCAGAUUGAAUACGAUUUCGCUAAUAACGUACCCUUGGAGCAAGUUAUCGGUGUCGCCACAGAGCCUUCUGAUGAUGCAGCAAAUGAUACUGCCAACGAUACGGCGAAUGAGGUAGAUGACUCAACCGCAGACACCACUGCUGCUGAUGACACUAUGGCUGAUGAGUCUGCAGUAAAUACAACACAGAACGAUACUGGUAUUGAAGAUUCUGACGAAACGGGCGGCUUGGUUAUAGAUGAAGCUAAAGCUAAAGGCAAGAAAUCUGUCGCCAAAACGCCAGGCAAGGAAACGCCGAAGGCGCCGCCAAAGACUCCACGCGGUAAAGGGAAGAAGGAAGAAGGAGAGGAUAGGGAGAAGGAAAAGGAAGAGGAGUUGGUCAGUAGGAGCGGUAGGAAGAUAAGGCCGAAGCGAUACAUGGACGAACACACGGAGGAGAACACAACGCUGCCGUCGCCGGCGCAGAAGAAGCGGCGCGGCGCUUCGCCGGCCGCGGACAGGGAGAAGGAGGCCAGAGACAAGAGCGAGAGGAUCAUCAAGCAUUUCAACUCGGUGCCGCAGUCUGAACUCGAAGAUCUCAAGGAGCCAUUCACACCAGACGAUCCAGACAAAGAGAACAUUCUCAUAGCGUAUCUACCAUCCGGGCAGUAUGUAGGCAUUAAACUGUUCCAAUCUAGACCAGCUACGUUUAAGAAUGAAGCAGCAAGACUUCAAUGGGACAAACAGGCGGCGACUAACGCGAUUACGCUUAAAAUGCAAUUAGAAAGAGGUCAUAUAACAGUACAAUCCGUGUUAGCGCAGUUAAACAUGGAUCUUAGUUUGACGGAUGAAGAAAAGGCCAUGUUGGAUAAGGAGAGAGAAACCGAGGAGAAGAAAUCUCGUGUGCAAUUCUUAAAGACGGAAAUGAAGUUGAUAGAAUUAGACGCUAAGAUAAAGACGUGUCUGUGCUUAGAGAAGGCGGAGACUGAACUCUGUUUGAAGUUGUUGGAUGAAUUGAUGGAAUUGGAGGUGAAACCGCUGAUGCUGCUGAAGCACCCGUCCUGCCUCGAAACUAUAAAGCGGAUGCGCGCCUACGUCGGCAACACGCCAUCAUGGGACCUCAGCGAGAGCGCGGCGCUCGUGUUCAGCAAGCACGCGCACAGGAUACGGAAAUUGGCGGACACUAUAUAUAAUAAUAUGAGGCAAUUAUUUACAACACCAGAGGGUCUAUCCUUCUGGGAGUAUUUCUCGGAGCGAGUGAUGCAAUUCAAGAAGGUAACAAGUAAACUGUCGGCCGACGAGCUGUUGGAGUUGGUGCAUGAACCUAUUGAAAUGUCCCAACCGUCACCGCACACGAUGAAGUCUGCUGUGGAAUCGGCCAACGAUGUCGAAGCUAGUGUUGAGUCGCAGAAGAAAAAACCACAAACUGGAAGAAACAAGAAAAAUGCGAACACAACACCAUCGAGAGCACCGCUCAAACGUCAGAACUCGAAGAAACAUCAGAACGAGAAUGAAGAAGAAGCCGAUAAAUCGGAAAACGACAAAGACAAAACAAAAGAUGCUGACAAUCAAAACACCGAUACGGAGAAAAUUAAUGACACAGAAAUAGAAGCGAAUAACACAGACGAUGUUGAAGAAAGCACAGAAAAGACACAAGAAUCAGAACAAGCGGACGAAGACACAGAAGAAAAUACAAAUGACGAUUUACAUAAUGACACAGAAAAAGCAAAUGACACAGAAAUGGAAGUCGACGCGAGUAAUUUAAAUGAUGAAGAAGAAGAAUCGAAAGAGGAUUCUACGAAAGAAUCUGAAAGCCCGGACAGUGCAAAAGAAAAAUCAAAAGAUUCAGAUAAAGAAGAGGCGAAAGAUAAAAAAGAAAAAGACAAACCUAAAGACGGUGCAGAUAAAUCUAAAGACGGUAAAGAUAAAGCGAACGGUAAGGAAAAAUCGAAAGAUAACGGCGAGAAGAAAGACAGCAAAGAUAAAGCAAAAGAAAGCACGGAAAGGAAAGAUAGGGCUGAUAAACGUAAACUCAGUACGGAUAGUAAAUCGAAGGAGCCGAGUCCGAAUGCGGACGAAAAGGUGAAUAAGGAAAAAGAUUCGGAAAAGGAAAAAGAGAAAGAUAGCCCUAAGGAGGAUGAGCCUAGAGCGAAGAGGACGAGAGAGAGCAAAAAGACUGAACAACCACCGCCGCGGUCGCCGAUGAAGAGGAAAUCGAAAGUUUGAACAAAAUAUUAAAAAAGUUAAUGUUAAGUUUUUGUUCCUAACGGAUUUGCUGGAAUUGUUGGAGAAUAUCGAUUUUAUGUUGACUAGCUGUUUAACCCGGAUUUGUAUGUGGAAAAUCUAAGGUUUUGUCGGCAUAAGGUGAUAAUGAUUGCGUAAUUUUCUAGAUUUGUAUCUUAUUAUAUUUAGAUACUGAAAGUAUCUAUUUUUGAUUAAUUUAAAAUGUUUUUGUCAAGGGUAGAGUUACUUUCUUGCAAAUCAUAAACAUUUAUAAGUACGAGAUACCCAUCGUUUUUGUUUUUUUUUUUGUCAGUUUGUAUUUGAUUGCUUCUUGAAAAUUAAAAUUAUGUAAAAGAUAGAAACAACGAUUAAAAAUAUUUCUAUUCAUUGGAUAUUUGAAAUUUAAUCCAUAAAUUAAAAAAAACAUGCAUAAAAAUCCAUCAAUUCCCGCAGGUCCGUUACGAAUGUUGCAGUCCACGUUUAUAUAGAAAAUUAUUAUAAGUAUUGAAAAAAAAUAUAUAACUAGACGUAAGGCGCAUAAUCUGAGUACAUACAGCAUUUGACAUGGAUGCAAUUUUUUAAUAAAUAACAAUUAUUUAGAUAUUACUGUACGUUUCUACGCAAAAUAAAAAAAAACGACAUCUAUAGGAAGCUUGAUUUAUAAAUAGGGAACAUAGGUUUUGUGAAGUAGCCUAGAGACGCAUAAAACCUAAAGAAAUCACAGAAAAUUGGGAUUGGAUAAAGGUCAGCAGGUCUAUAUAGAUAAAUUUCGUUUAUAGAUUUAAUAAAUUUAAUAGUGUAUAUGGUGCGUCAAAAUACGUUUUCACUUUAAACACUAACGAUAUAAAAAAAAAUCAUUCACACAAAUUCAAUACAUUUUCUUUCCAUAUAAAAUGAUCGUUCUAAUUAAAAACAACAAAUAAACGAUACUGUUUAUUUGUUGCUUAGUCUUACUUUAAUUGAAAAAAUUUCAACCAAGAAUUGCCUAAAUGUAACUGGUUGUAUAAUUCUAUACAAAAGUAAUAAAAUAAUGAUCCAUUUUUUUAAUAGUUUUUACGGUUCUUAUGAGGCUAUAACGCUCAUUGCUUGUGAAAUUCGUAAAACAAUAAAAACUUGCACAUAUCUUAAAUUAUUGUUAUUUGAGCGUUUAAAAUGUAUUCAGAAAGCGUUCAUUUAUUUCUGAAUAUGUUUAAGGUGUGUUUAAGUUUUUGAUUUAUCUGUGCUUCCACGAAGCAUUUUUAAAUGUUAUCAGCAGUUUCGCUUUAAAAUCAUAGAUUGUUAAAAAAAUAGUAUUUACUGCCACAAAACUCAUUCAAGGUAUCAUUUUUAAACAAUACUUAUGUAUUUGCCUUUACAAAUAAGAUAUUGACGACACAUCAACUGUUUUCAUUAUAAUAUUAUAGAGAUAAUUUUUGGUAUAUACACAAUAUACCCAUAUCAAAACUGAAUACUUACGGUAAAAGUAUAUUUUAAAUGGAACUUAUAUAAAUUAU